AUGUUUGCAAAAAAAUGGCUUCCUUUCCCCAGGCUGUUUUCGAGAAGAUAUAUUAGAGACUAUAAAAUUUUUGACAAACUAAAAGAGAAAAAUGAAAACCAUAGAGAUACACAUGAAGUUUUUUUCUCAAACGAGAACAACAAUAAUGACAAAGUUGAAAUAAUAAACAUUGAUGAGAAAAUUUUAGAAAAAACCAACGUAUUCAGGAAAGAGGAUACUGAACAGCAGAGGCAAGAAGAUCAAGACGUGAUGAAAGAAGAAGAAUUUUAUGAUAAUAUGAAAUCAUUUAAAAAUGUUGAUAUAAAAAGUUUUAUUCAGGAAACGAUUGAUUAUUACACUUCCAAGCAGCUUAAUGCAAAGCAGUGGGAAUUGAGCGAAAAACAGCACCAUGUGUCGAGUAAUAAACAGCAUCUUACAUGGAAGGAAAAAAAAGAAAUUCCCCAACUUAGUAACUCCCUGGCAGAUUUUACUGUGAAGUGGAACAAACAAGAGGGAAGAGGCAAAGUUGAAAAUGAAAAAAGAAUUAUCCAAACAAAUGAUAGCACUCGUAAUUAUGGAGAAAAAGACAACAAGUUAGCAUGGAAAGAGAUUCAUCAGGAAAACAAAAAAAAUUCUGAACAGCAUACAAGUGAUGACAAAUAUCACGGAAUGACACCUGCACAACGGUUUUAUGAAGAGAACAAAGAAAAGCUAAUAUAUGAAAGUAUGAAAUAUUAUAAUGAAAGAAGAAAGAAACUUAGUGGUGGGAAUGGUCAACUUGGGGGUAGCGUACAGAAAGAGGACGCAGCAAAGGCAGAAACAGAAGAAGAAGCAGCAAAUGAAGAAACAGAAAAGGACUACUAUUACAGCCAGGUAACUGAUCCCAUUGUUAGACCAAAGGAUAAUUAUCUGUUCGAUUAUGAAAAUGGAGAAAAUGACGAAAGGAGCGAGAACGAAUGUGAGGGAGAGGAAAACGUAGAACUGGAAAAAGGAAUAAUGCCAACGAUUGAACAAGUUGUGUUCAUUUUAAAACAUGAAAAAGUAAAGAACAUUAAAGUGAUAGAUUUAGACAAAUGUGGAAGAAGAGAUAUUGGAAUGUUCCUAAUUUUAUGCACAGGGCAAACACCUAAACAUAAUAAAAGAGUGGGUAAAUUAAUAAGUAAAAUUUUUGUCGACUUAGAAAUACCCUAUAUAUCCAAGGUAGUAUACUGCUAUUGCAACAAAUUUGAUGAUUGGAUUAUUGCACAUUGUGGUCCGCUUAAAAUUCAUAUAGUUACCAAAGAAUUAAGAGAUAUUUAUGAUUUAGAAAAUUUGUUCUUAUUUCCUCAUGAACAUUUCGAUAGCAAAAAUUUUCCUUCCUUUUUUGAUUACACACCUGGCAUACCUCCACCAUACAUAGUCAGGAGUAACUCCACUUUAGAUGCUUACCAAAAUGAUGAGUUGUAUCAGAAAUUUAUUGCCGACACUUGA